CGUUUCGCCGCGUGGGCGGCGACGGGGAUCGUCGGCAUGCGCGGAUGCGCGCGGAGGGAGGUGGCGUCUCGCGCGUUCGAUUUAGGAGGCAAAGUGCGCGUGCUCGAUUACGGCGCGAAUCGCCUCGAAACGGUUUCGCCUCGGAUCAGCGAGUUGAGCAACGUCGCGCGCAUCGUUUUGCGAGAUAACGCGUUGAGAUCGAUGCCGUGGUCCGCCAUCGCCUCUUUGACGCGCUUGACGCAUUUGGAUUUGAGCGGAAACGCGGCGUUGGGGAACGACGUCGCGACCGCGACGCCGACGUGCGCGUCGCUCGAGACGCUCUCGCUCGCUCGGUGCGACAUCGCGGGAGAAGUUUGCGAUGAUUUCUUCCGGGGACUUCCCAGGCUCAAGCACGUGUCGCUCGUCGCCAACAGACUCGAGCGUUUACCCGCGUUCGAGACGAACGGACUGCUCGAAGUCGUCGACGCAAGUCGCAACGCCGUCGUGUCGAUUCCAGCCUCGUACGGCGCGCUCGCGUGUUUGCGCUCGCUGAAUCUCGUGGGCAACCGCAUUGAACUCGAAGGCAUUCCCGUGGAGCUGUUGAAGCACGCGAAAGCGCUCGUCGAGUUGAACUUACGCGAGAACCCGAUUCUCGUAGAGGCGUUGCGCGAACGCGACGGGUGGAGCGAAUUCGAGGGGAGAAGGAAACGCCGAGCGGAUAAGGCGCUCGAUUCUCGCGUCAUGCUCGGUGACAACGUCUUCGACGAGGGUGCGGAU